UACAUGGUUUGACACUUCAAUAAACUUUCUUUUAUUAUUUUCAUUAAAUAUCUGCGCUUCUAGCAAACGGAUAUUGCCAGAAAAUGAUCGUUGUAAUAAAAAUGGAAUUAUUACUUUAUUUCUCUCAUUAAUUUAACUUUACUACAGACACAAUUAAGUUGUUUUCAGGUAGUGGAGAAGAAGCUAGAAGGUUGAAAUUUUGAACGUUUUCUAUACCUUUAAGACAUUAUAGACUGUUAGGUUGAUAGUUUUCUCUUGUAUGGAACUGGUAUUUUAGAAGUUGCUUCUAUGACUGAUAUGAGUCAAUUAAUUUGUGUAAAUUCGAUUCUCUAUAGGCCGUAAAAGGGAAAAUCAUGAACCAAACUGAGAAUUCAACUGCCCCUCUUGAUGAAGGAGAACUCAUUGGCGACGAAGAUAUUGAGGAACUUAAUGAAGUCACCAAGACCGGCGUUAUCGGUGGUUACGUCAUAAUUCUGCUGUUCUCUUUCGUGGGUAACUCGAUCAUCAUACAUUUGGUGCGCACGCGCGCGAAUAUUCGCAUGAACCCUUUCAACUGGCUUCUCUUCAACACGGCUCUCGCUGAUCUCUUGGACGUGAUAACAGCCUCUACUUUCUCUGUGCCAUCCGUCUUGUGUGGAGACUGCUGGUUAUCUGGGAUUGCAGGUACGAUCUUUUGCAAGGUUAUUCCGUUCUUCUUGGUCGUCUCCAUCUGUGUCUCCAUCUGGACGCUCACCGUUAUUGCAGCUGACCGAUACCUGGCUAUUGUGUGCAUUCGGAGGAGGCCCCUUUCAUCCAAGUCAGUGGUGUGUUCUAUAAUCGCCUUGUGGCUGCUUGCUGGUUUGAUGUUCAGUGGGGAGCUUUACAAGUUCACGGUAGACGAGGAAGAUGGUGAGGUUGCCUUGUGCUAUCCUGACUGGAACCACGAAUCAGAAGAAAUUUCCGCUAUAUUCAACCAAGCUGAAAUGAUUGUGAAAGUUGUCGUCACGUACGCUGUGCCUCUAGUCAUCAUGACUGUGCUGUAUUCGCUGAUUUCCUACUUCUUGUGGAAACAGAAACCUCCAGGGGCUGUUAAUCAAGAAGCUUAUCUUAAGCAGAUGAGAAAACGUCGAGCAGUGAUCAAGAUGUUGAUAACCGCUGUCGCUGUUUUCGCACUAUGUUGGCUCCCUGUGCAUGUCAGUCACAUAAUGUCGGAAUUUUAUGUGGAUGCCUAUUUCACCAUUCCCUCAACUCUCAGACUGUUGUUCUUUUGGCUUGCACACGCCAAUGCCGCCAUCCAUCCCUGGUUGUUUAUCGCUUUCAGUGAAAAUUUGAGUGGGGAAGCAAAAGCAAUAUUUCACAAUAUAAGAAAGAGAAGCCCAUUCAAGCACCCAAAGUUAAGCACCUCAUCCCAGCCAAGUUUGUUUACAAAUGUUGAGCUGGCGGGCUCAAGAGAAAUCGCGCAAUCGCGGUCAUCUGUUAACGUCAGUACCCUCAGCUUCGACACAAAGUUUUAAAGAUCUGAGUUAUCCGGCCAAGCGUUCAUGGAGAUCCAAGCCUAAAGUUCAUAAACAGAGAGUAUGCCAGGAGCCGUUUCAUCUUUGAAGCCAAAUGUAAGAAAUGAAACAAAGUAGGUGCUUUAAAGAGACAGGGAUUAAAGGACAUCUAAGCAAAAAUAAUCAAUAAAUUUUUAAAAAAUUAGUGUAAGUAAUCAUAUGAAUGUGAGUGCAACCAAUGAUUUACACUAAGAGAGAUCGGAUAUAUAACAAUUCUCUCAUAACGAUCCUUUAGGCGAGUACAAUUCAAUGGAUUUUUCAUAUAUCGCAAGUAAUAAUAAUA